AUGGAGAACCAGCGCGACCACUCGCCGUCAGGCCUGUCAGAUAUCGUCGAGGGCGAUGGCCUUCUGGGCACCGGUUUAACGUCUCGUCACAUCGAAGCUUUCGGACGAAAAGUCACAACGACCGCAGGACACCUGAUGGGACCGGGCGAACAACAUACUGCCCACUUGAACCAUGCUAUGACCGACAUCCACCGCGAGCUACGGCGACCGACCACACAGCGCAAGGUGUUCUCCCUAGCACAAACAACACCAACCGAUCUUGUCCGCUCAAAGCUUUCAACAUCCGAGAUCCAGUCCCGUGCCCUUUCCUCCCUCCCCGAUGACCUCCUCGCCAAUAUCCCUGAAGACACCAGCUCCUACUCCCUUUUCCAAGGCUUCCAGGCCUCCGUUCCAGACGAUCAGCACGAGAAGAAGCGACACCGAAGGCGCAACUCCAAAGGGAAGCUUCUCAAGGAUGUCGAGCGAGGUGGUACCUUGACUGCCGGCCCGGCCGGGUUAAAGGACCAGCGGAAAUCGCUGAGUCGCAAGUUAGAGUUGAUGGGAAUUAGGAAGAAUAUGUGCAGUGCGGAGAUCCAUGAGAUCGAUAACAAGGUUGCCAACUUGCACAAAAUGCGCAAGAUUGUUCUCGAUCGAUUGGCUGGCUUGGAAAUGGACGAAGCGGGAUUGGAGCAAGAAUUGACGGAUCUCGAUAAUAAGUUGGAAGAUUUCCCAGAAGAGGAAGAAUCACAGGAUACACCAGUCCCGACACCGCGGUCAGACGGCCAGGAUUCUGUUGAGUCGUCCGGAGAUCCAGCGAUGGACGCUUCGUUCAUGUCAGAAUCGAUUUAUGAGAAGCUCCCAUCACCUUCACCGAAAAGUCUACGACAUCGAUCUAAUCGGAAACGGUCGAUGCCGAUUCUACAUGAACACUUCGCCCCGGGGUCUUUGAUCAAGGAAAUAGAAGCGCACACCGAUAUGGUCACAGCUAUUGACUUUGACUAUCCAUUUGGUACUAUGGUCAGUGCUGCAUUAGAUGAUACCGUGAGAGUUUGGGACAUGAACGUCGGCCGAUGCUCUGGUUUCUUGGAGGGACACAAUGCCUCGGUUCGCUGCCUGCAAGUGGAGGAUAACAUCGUGGCUACGGGCUCCAUGGAUGCCUCUGUCAAGCUAUGGGACCUGAGCCGUGCUCGUCCCGUGACCCGGGACGGUCGCCUCAACAAGCACGAGCGUGACCAAGAGGAGGGAGCCUUAGAACACAACUUCCCAGUACCGCCGUCCUCUAACCUUGAAGACUGCAAUGUAUUCUCGCUAGAGGCGCACGUCGAUGAGGUGACAGCGCUUCAUUUCAAGGGUGACACCCUCAUUUCGGGCUCUGCGGACAAGACGCUCAGACAAUGGGAUCUAGUCAAAGGCCGCUGUGUCCAAACUCUGGACGUUUUGUGGGCAUCUGCCCAGGCAUCCUCGUCUAUGAUGGGAGACUCUGACUGGCGACCAUCGGGUCGCAUGCCCGAUGUUUCGGCUGACUUUAUUGGUGCAGUGCAAUGCUUCGACGCUGCGCUAGCAUGUGGUACAGCAGAUGGCAUGGUCCGCCUCUGGGAUUUGCGCAGUGGUCAUGUCCACCGGAGUCUUGUAGGACACACAGGGCCGGUCACAUGUCUCCAAUUUGACGAUGUGCAUCUGGUCACGGGUAGUCUCGAUCGCAGUAUUCGGAUAUGGGAUCUACGUAUGGGCUCUAUUUACGACGCUUAUGCCUACGACAAGCCAAUCACUGACAUGAUGUUCGAUUCGAAACGAAUCGUGGCCGCUGCUGGGGAGGGUGUGGUCAAGGUCUAUGACAAGGCCGAUGGCAACCACUGGGACUGCGGUCCAGGCGUUGGGCUUGACGAUGACGGGCCAUUCCCUGCGACCGUCGAGCGGGUCUGUCUCAAGGAUGGCUACCUUGUGGAGGGACGUAAAGACGGUACUAUGGCUGCCUGGACGUGCUAG